UGACACGUCAAGAGAUACAGUACACAAAUAUCACGGGCUGCUUAAUUUUACCACGAGAAUGUGACCUGACUAAACAGUUUCUUCAAGAUUUCGCCCUGAGUGUCUGCUUUUCCUCUGCUUGUGUUGAUGGCGUGUGCUGGUCCAGUCUGACGGGUUACAGAGAGAGAGAGCAGUCAGGAUGAGUGGCGUGGCUCUGGCGCUGGAGGUGGUGGUGGUGUUUUUCCUGGCGCUUUUCCUGCUCCACCGAUAUGGAGAUUUCCGCAAGCAGCAUCGGAUGGUCCUGUUCGCCACGCUUCUGGCCUGGUUCCUGUGCUUCCUCAUUGUCUUCAUCUUACCGCUGGAUGUCAGCACGACCAUAUAUAACCAGUGUAAGAUUGACAAUCAGGUCCACCUCGUGCCCAGCAACAGUAAUGAUAACUCCUCCAACACUUCGGUAUUUCCAACACAAAGGGUCCCAAAGACUUGCUAUAAGCCCUGGAGUUAUAUCCCAGAUGGAAUCCUGCCUGUGUUUUGGAGGGUGGUGUAUUGGACCUCACAGUUCCUGACAUGGCUUCUGAUUCCCUUCAUGCAGUCGUACGCACGCUCAGGAGGUUUCUCUAUCUCAGGAAAGAUAAAAACAGCUCUGAUAGAAAACGCCAUUUAUUAUGGCACAUACCUGCUUAUCUUCUGCUCUCUGCUCAUCUACGUCGCCGUCAGUCCACAGUGGCAUCUCACCUGGUAUGGCCUGCGUACGAUCGGCAUCACCGCCGCUAAUACCUGGGGUUUGUUCCUGCUGGUGCUGUUGUUGGGAUACGGCCUUGUUGAAAUCCCACGCUCCUGCUGGAGGGCAUCGUGCCACGGGCAUCUGCUUGCAAAGACAUACUUUAAAGCAGCAAAACUGAUGACAGAAAAAGCAGAUGCUGAGGAAAACCUGGAAGAUGUCAUGGAGGAUGUCAAAACGGUUAAUGAAACGAUAAAAUAUAAUCAUCCUCUAAGGAAAUGCAUCGACACUAUUCUGAGGAAGUGUCCUGUAGAAUACCAGGAAAAGUUGGGCAGAAACAUGGACGAUUACGAAGACUUUGAUGACAAAGGAAACCCUUAUCCUAGUAAAAAGAGUUUGGUCAAGCUACAUAAGCAGGUAAUCUAUGCUGUUCAGAGGCACAACCGCACAAAAGUUCAAUGGCAGAUUCUGUUGGAUGAGGCCUUUCACUUAGAGGACGUGGCCAAAAAUGAAACAAGCCCCGCCCACCAGUUUGUCCACAGCUUCCCUUCCACAGAAGCACCUGGAUGGAUCAGCAAGUACCUGUACACACCUACCAUUGAGUGGUACUGGGAGUGUGUUUUCCGCCGCUGGUGUUAUCGUGUGCUGGCUGUGGUUUUGUGUGUGUUUUCUGCGGCAGUGGUUUGGUCUGAAUGCACCUUCUUCAGCACACAGCCUGUUCUGUCUCUGUUCGCCGUCUUCAUUCAGCUCGCAGAGAGAGACUACAACUACGUUUACAUAGAGAUGGCGUGUUUUGUCACCAUAUUCUUCUUGUGUUACUGCGUGUACUCUACUGUCUUUCGGAUCAGAGUCUUUAACUAUUAUUACCUGGCUCCGCAUCACCAGACGGACGCCUACAGUCUGCAGUUCAGCGGCAUGUUGUUCUGUCGUUUGACUCCCCCACUGUGUCUGAACUUUCUGGGUGUGAUUCACAUGGACUCCACCAUCUCUCAUCAGCAGAGACAGCCCACAGUGUACACUUCAAUUAUGGGAUCCAUGCAGGUCCUGUCAUUCAUCGCUAAUGGAUUUUAUAUUUAUUAUCCUAUGCUCAUUGUUUUGCUCUGCAUUGCGACUUAUUUCAGUCUGGGCACACGCUGUCUGAAUCUGCUGGGUUUUCAGCAGUUUAUGGGUGAGAAUGAUCUGACCUCUGACCUGGUGGACGAGGGAAAAGAACUCAUCCGGAGAGAAAGAAGAAAGCGUCAGAGAACAGAGGAUGGCGAGAGCAGACGGAGAGAAUGGAGGGAACGCUAUGGUGAACAGAGGGAAAGAUACAACGGGAGGAACAGAAAUGCGUACUCUGAGCUGAAGGAGACGGAUGGAUCCAGCACAGAUACAAGCAGAGCUCCGUCUAGAAGAGAUCGAAACGACAAGGCUGAAUUACUACAAGACGUUGAACCAUUGGAUUUUACUGGAGAAGAACCGCUGGAAACAGACAACAGGAGGUACCCUGGAGGACAUUACCUCUCCACGUCUGCAUCUCGCACCCGCAUCUUUGAUGAUGUAUAAGAACAAGCAAAACACUGAAGGGAACUCGUUUGCACUUUUUAAAUCUUCACACUCUUCCUGAAGUGUCCAGUGAGGGACUGCAGCUUUAAUGCUCAUGUGUCUUUCUCUAAAGUUUUGUGUGUGUGUGUCUGUCUGUGUGUGUGUCUGUGUGUGUGUGUGUGUGUCUGUAUGUCUCUUACCUCCACCCAUUGCCCCUUUACUUCCAGAUGAAGCCAAACCCGCUGUAGAAUCAUGGCUGUGGUGCACUGACUGUGCUGCAUCUUCACAGCAGAGUUAUAUUUAAUGUAGAAGAUCGUUAUUAUUAUCACGUGGCUGAAAAGGGAAAGAAAAAGGGUUAGGUUUGCUUUAGAAUGUCAUUUUGAAUUUUGAAACAUUCUUUAGAAUCCGGUUUAAAAUUUCUGAACAUUCUAUUUGGGAUGAAAAUGUAUUUAAGGGAUGUUUUUGGAAUGAAUCAGAAUCUAGCUCACACUCUGACCUUUCUGCUCUAUUUGACCUCUGACCUAGUGUGGUCACGAUACUGGAAUUCGAUACCGAAAUUCGAUACCGUUCUUAAACGGCACUGAUUUGCCAUUGUGUUCUCGUGCUCAACAGAAAUGACUGUGAUUGGCCAUGAAGGUCAUCAGUUCAUCAAACUCUCCACUGUUUACUGAGUGUAACCACAGAUACAGGGACACUGGAGCAUUUUAAAUCGCGUCAAACAGCUGGUUUGUCUAUAAGCUGACAUACAAGCUUUUAAAUGGCUUAAGAACAUGGAUGUUUAUGAUUAAUCAGCAGAUGUUUAAGUCACGCUUAACUGCACUCACAUGUUAGCAGGAAAUGGACGUUUUUAAAAUUUCAGUAUCGAAUUCCAGUGUUGUGACAACCCUUUUUCUAUUUGACCUCUGACCUGGUGUUGUCACGAUAUUGUAAUUCAAUACCAAUCCGUACCGAAAUUUUAAAAACGUCCAUUUCCAGCUAACAUUUGAGCACUGUUGAGUGCCUUCUCAAACAGCGCUGAUUUGCCAUUGUGUUCAGGUGCUCAACAGAAAUGACAGUGAUUGGCCGUGAAGGUCAUCAGUUCACCGCACUCACCGCUGUUUACUGAGUGUAAUCACAGACACAGGGACACUGGAGCCUGCUAACACGUGAGCGCUGUUGAGCAUGUGCUUAAACAGCGCUGAUUUGCCAUUGUGUUCAGGUGCUCAACAGAAAUGACUGUGAUUGGCUGUGAAGGUCAUCAGUUCACCGGACUCACCACUGUUUACUGAGUGUAAUCACAGAUAGAGGGACAAUGGAGCGUUUUACAGCCGCGAUUCAUCAGCGGAUCACUCGUAUGUCAGCUUAUAAACAUACUAGCUGAUCUACGUAGCUUUAAAAUGCUCCAGUGUCCCUGUAUCUGUGGUUACACUCAGUAAACAGCGGUGAGUUCGGUGAACUGAUCAACUUCACAGCCAAUCACAGCGGGUAGGCCCUCUCAAAAAUGACUGAAAAUGCCUGUCCGCUCUUCAGUUCGCGAUCGUCCACAGAUCAAACCUCCGCCUCCCCCAACCCCAGCUCUUCAAUAUGCGAUUAUCUACUACCCAAUGACAAAUCAGCGCUGUUUAAGAGCGUGCUCAACAGCACUCAAAUGUUAGCGAGAAGUGGACGUUUUUAAAAUUUCAGUAUCGAUUGGUACCGAAUUUCAGUAUCGUUACAACACUAGCUGUAUUUGACCUCUGACCUAUUGUUGUCACAAUACUGGAAUUCGAUACCAAUCAGUGUCAAAAUUAAAAAAUGUUAAUUUCCCGCUAACAUUUGAGCGCUGUUGGGUGCAUUCUUAAACAGCGCUGAUUUGCCAUUGUGUUCACGUGCUCAACAGAAAUGACUGUGAUUGGCUGUGAAGGUCAUCAGUUUAUCGAACUCACCGCUGUUUACUGAGUGUAACCACAGAAACAGGGACACUGGGGCAUUUUAAAGCCGAGAUUCAUCAGCGGAUCACUCGUAUGUCAGCUUAUAGACAAACCAGCGGAUCGACGUGACUUUAAAAUGCUCCAGUGUUCCUGUAUCUGCGGGCACGCUCUGUAAACAGCGGUGAGUUCGGUGAACUGAUGACCUUCAGGGCCAAUCACAGUCAUCUCUGUUGAGCACGUGAACACAAUGGCAAAUCAGCGCUGUUUAAGAACGUAUCAGGAAAUGGACGUUUAUAACAUUUCAGUACCGAUUGGUGUCAGAUUCUAGUAUUGUAUCAACACAUACUCUGACCUUUGAACUUCAGGAUGGGAAUCUGUUCGACCAGUAAAUCACCAUCAGGAAAUGCUUCUGUCUUUCCCUGUUUUGGUUUAAUUAUUCAUUAUUUUCACAGAUCAGACUGUAUAAAGGUUACAGGUUUUUGGCUGUGCUACUCUGGUUUUGUACUGUAAACUUCAGUUCUUUUUUGAAAACAUGAAUGCUGUUUUACUUUAUUUAUUAUAAAUCUCCCUGAAUUUAUAUUAAUUAAUAGCUUGAUGCUACUGACAUGUUAAAGCAUAAUGAAGGAAGUGCUUUUGUUUAUUUUUGGGGAUGAUACAAAAGCUGUUUUAUAAUUAUUUUCUCUUAUUUUGUGUACUUGUUUGCAUUUCCUCAAUACCUCAAAUUAAAGAGACCUUUACUAUC